CUCUCCAAACUGAUAAGAAAACAGCAACAAAUAUGUGGGCUUCUUGGGUCCACUCAAUACCCUCUCACAUAAAGUUUCAAAGCUCGAACACCCAUUUCAGCCCCACUUGAUUUUUUCUUGCUUCCAAGGAUUAUUUUCUUGUUUUGGUGAUUUUCCUUUUAAGGUCUCUCCAAGAAUGAUGUCAGUGGCAUGCCGGAGCCUUGAUUUUGGUCCAACUGGGUUUGAUUUGGUUGCUUGUGGGUGUUCUUCCAAUGCUCAAUUUGAUAGGUUCUCACGGAGGAACUAUGCAAAGGGGGUGUCUAAGAGUAGUAGCAGAGGUGAUGCUGCUAAAAAAAUGGUGUAUUGUCAGCGUCGCAUUGGUCGUUGCAGGGUGUUUUCUACUAGGGCCCCUGAGACUUUGCUCAAUGGUGUUGGUCAAGGUCCUCCACCAGCUUUGGAUGUGAAGAAAGAGUCAAGCAGCUCAAUAUCCCUGGCAAGUUUUUUUGAAGUGGUUGCUGAUGACCUCCAGAUAUUAAACCAAAAUCUCCAGUCAAUUGUUGGCGCAGAAAACCCAGUUUUAAUGUCUGCAGCUGAGCAGAUCUUUGGUGCUGGUGGGAAGAGGAUGAGACCAGCUUUGGUAUUCUUAGUAUCUAGAGCCACUGCAGAAAUAGCGGGGUUGAAGGAUCUGACCAUAAAACAUCGACGUUUAGCGGAGAUCAUUGAGAUGAUCCAUACUGCAAGCUUGAUACAUGAUGAUGUUUUAGAUGAGAGUGAUAUGCGAAGAGGAAAGGAAACAGUUCAUCAACUCUAUGGUACACGAGUCGCAGUAUUGGCUGGGGACUUCAUGUUUGCACAGUCAUCAUGGUAUCUUGCGAAUCUGGAAAACCUUGAAGUCAUAAAGCUCAUCAGUCAGGUUAUUAAAGAUUUUGCAAGUGGUGAAAUAAAGCAGGCAUCUAGUUUGUUUGACUGUGAACUUGAACUUGAGGAGUACUUGCUCAAGAGCUUCUAUAAGACGGCAUCCUUAAUUGCUGCGAGUACCAAAGGAGCUGCAAUUUUUAGUGGGGUUGACAGCAACAUUGCCGAGCAAAUGUAUGAAUAUGGUAGGAAUCUUGGUCUAUCCUUCCAAAUUGUUGAUGACAUAUUGGAUUUCACACAAUCUGCAGAGCAGCUGGGAAAACCGGCUGGCAGUGACCUGGCAAAAGGGAACUUGACUGCCCCAGUAAUUUUUGCUCUAGAGAAGGAGCCAAAACUGAGAGAAAUAGUUGAAUCUGAAUUCUGUGAGACCGGUUCCCUCAAUGAAGCCAUCAAAUUGGUGAAGAGUUGUGGUGGCAUUGAGAAAGCACAAGACUUGGCAAAACAAAAAGCUGAUCUUGCUAUCCAGAAUCUACAAUGCCUUCCUCAGAGUGCCUUUCGGUUAGCACUCGAGAAAAUGGUAAAAUACAAUCUUGAGCGGAUUGAUUAGGCGGAAAUGUCUCUGGUCUUAAGAUUAUGUUUGAUGGUUAGCCAUUGUUGAUCAGAAAUCUUGAAGUGUAAGGAUGAAGGUACCCAGUUGAAGCCUCCAUUGUACCAACAAGCAUUCUCUGCACACUACAACAAGAGCUUCUGCAGAAGACGAGCUGUUUGUGAUUCCUUGUAUAUUCAUAAUAGGUACUGAGCUACCAUUUGAGCUCCUAGUAUACUCUAUUUCACUUCUGAUUAAAAAAAAAAGGUAUACUCUGUUUCACUUAAAUCUUCUCCCUAAUUGGCAUAGAAAACUGUUUUUGAACUCUAGAUGUACACCAAACUUGAAGUUGUUGGAAUUCAUUAAUAUUGUCCAGCAGUAUUAUUGUUAUUUUUUAUUUUU